AUGGCGACCCCGCCCCGCCAGCCACUGCAGCCCGCCGAUGCCCAUCGCCGGCCCCCGCGGGCCCGAGCCGCCCCGCGCCUCCUAGCGCGGCGCCCGAGCCAAGGCGCUCCGCCGCCCGACGCCUCGUCGUCCGCCGGCGCCUCCCGCGUCUCCGCCGGCGACCCCCGCCGCCUCGCCUCACCAACCCCGACGCCGGUCGCCGCCUCGCCUCACCAACCCCGACGCCGGUUGCCGCCCCGCUCCUCCACCGCGUGCCCCGGCCUCCACCUCGCCAGAUCCGGCGCCCCCAACCCCCGGCGACCUCCCCCGUCCACUCCGGCCACCGCGCCGCCCAUCUCCGGCGAAGCUCUGGCCGCCUCGGUUCGCGUGCCCACCAAGAACCCUAGAUCUGGAGGUUGA